GAUGGCAGCCACCAACGCCAACACCGCAUGCAAGGCAGCUAUCCUCAGCCUUCCUUUGGAUCCUCCUCCAACACUGCAGCUCAUGUUGGAAGUGUGUGCCAGAAAGGUUCCUAUUGUCAUGGAAGAAGACACUAGACCUCGACAACCAUUGCGCAAGGUGUCCAUCGUUGACUCCAACACCGAAGUCGAUGCCGUGAUGAUGGACCAACGGCCACGCACUCCAAACAUCCCACGACGACCUCCACCAACGCAUGGUCAAUGCCACCUUUGUGGGGAACUGGACCAUUGGAUGCCUGACUGCCCUUUACGGCAGGCAUUUUAUGAUUUCCGCAGGAAGCAGGCAUCCUCACAAGGGGACAAACCACCUCAAAAAAACUAGGGUACAAGCGCAGUCCCUCCCUGCGCAAGGACACAAAUGUGGUGGGCAUGGUUCCAUCAAGGGGAGAGGGAUUGGGGGGGGAGUCCCACUCUAGUCGCCCUAUUUUACAGGACAGGACAAUAUUACCAAUGCAGACACUACCACUUCUAACCACUUCCUCUACAGUCUUGCCUUUCAGGUUGCAACUGGUCGAGCCGCUCCAUCUUAAGGACUCCCAGUGUUGCCUCGUGAUGGUGGCUCCAAGCUCCCAAGGUACUUGGAGUCGAAUCAGAAUCAAUACCGGCCUGAGAGUGUUCCACCUCCCCAUCAUGCUACUGUGCACGCUCAUCCUGAUUUCCCUGUUCCAUCCCUCCACCUUGUGGAUCGUUCCCCAACCAAAGGCCAACGUGUGGAAGACUCUUGCUCGAGCCCUCGGCCAAGACCACCUUUGCCUCACCACCGCAUCAGCAGCAGACCCCUUGUCGACCUGUCUCGUGGGGAUCCCAUUCAAACCCGGUGAUGUUCCCCCUUCCCUUGCUUCUCCCUUCAGAUCAUUCCUUCCCCGGAGUGUUGUCAAUUCCCCCAGUUCCGACCCUAAAAUCCUUUGGAGGGACACUUUAGCUGGCCUUCAGCCUGCUGAUAAGGAACCCACAGAAUUCGAAUUGCUUGGCUCUGCCCAUGCCACUUUAUGUUUCCAGUUCAUGAUUAACCCUUCUCCCCUGGCAAAAUCCUUUCAGUUAGUCCGCCAAAAUAAAAUUGAAUACCAAGCAAAAGCAUGGUGUAAUACAGUUAUACACAUUAAUGCGGCUUCCACAUUUUAUGGUCAACCCCGUACCCUACCCAAAAACACCUUUUUAAUUUGCGGAGACCGAGCAUGGGCAGGCAUCCCCUCUCGCCUCACCGGAGGUCCCUGUACUUUUGGACAGCUGACGCUGUUUUCCCCCAAUCAUACUCAAAUUAUUAAUUGGCGUAAAAAGAAUGUCACACAAGAUUCGGCCCGAGUUAAGAGGAACACCCAUCAAAUUGACCCAGAGUGUGACGCCGAAAUUGUUCAUUGGUCCCGUUCCAAAAACAUUGCGGUUUCGGUAUUUUUACCGUGGGUGGCCGCAGCCAAGGCUCUAGGUGAAUUGGAGCACCUAGAGUGCUGGGUGGCAAAACAAGCGAAUCUUACUUCAGCUGCCCUGAUGGACCUCCUAGCAGACGAGGAAGUUACGAGACAGGCAACGCUGCAAAAUAGAGCAGCGAUCGACUUUCUGUUACUGCUCCACAACCACCAAUGUGAGGAGUUUGAGGGCCUCUGCUGCCUCAAUCUGUCAUCAAGGGCCGAGGAUGCUCGCAAAACUAUCAUGAAGAUGGCCGAUGUAGUGCAUGACAUCAAGCAAGAGACAUCAGACUGGUUGGGGAACAUCUUCUCUCAGCUGGGAAUCUCAGGAUGGGUCGGAUCCAUUCUCAGAACUGUAUUAACUAUUGUUUUUAUCGCUAUGUGUGUUUCUGUUGGCAUUACUAUAGUUUAUAAGUUGAUAAUGAGAAUUAUUAAUCAGACCACCACACCUCUUGCUAUCAACCGUGCUGCCCACUCCCCUGAACUUCCAACUCCCGAAAGUGAAUCAUCUCUAAGCGGGUGCACGUGGAAUGAAGCCCCAAUGAGCCAACCUUGGUUUGAGGACUUAGAUCCCAACUCUGAAUUCAACAUCUAAAUUGAAUGCAGCACCUUUUGAAUUGUAGUUCCCCUCCCCCAAAGUCCUCUUUUGUUUUUAAACAAAAAAGGGGGAGAUGUUGUAGUGUGUCAUUUUUGUUGCAGAUGAUGUAAAGUUGGUAUGUUCUGUUCACCCCUGUUCACUCCUGUUACAUGGUUCUGCCCUGGUUCUCCCCUCCCCAUCAGUUCAUGCCAAUCCCCUUAUCUCCACCCCAAUUGUCCUUAUUUGUGAUAAUUCAUUACUGUAACCCCUCCCCAGACCCCUAUCCAUCACUCAGCGUCCCCUCCCGUUGUUCCAGAAUCUUCUGCUGUUCCCGUCGAGUGAUUGGAUUAGGAGCCGGGGUCCCGCCCCCAGUUCAAAUGCAUUUGUCACCCCAACUGUCAUUCCUCUGUAGCCCCCCACCCCCCUGUUUCCUGAUUGGACCUGGGUCCAGUUCCACCCCUGUUCUCCGCCCCCUUUAUAACCCCGUGUAGCUAGCUGCCCGGGGUCCCCGGUCGGCUGGUUGCCCUGGUGUCCAAUAAAACCGGAUUUCUACCCCCGGACGGAGACCCU